AUGGAUGAUGAUGAUGAUGAUGAUGAUGAUGAUGAUGAUGAUGAUGAUGAUGAUGAUGAUGAUGAUGAUGAUGAUGAUGAUGAUGAUGAUGAUGAUGAUGAUGAUGAUGAUGAUGAUGAUGAUGAUGAUGAUGAUGAUGAUGAUGAUGAUGAUGAUGAUGAUGAUGAUGAUGAUGAUGAUGAUGAUGAUGAUGAUGAUGAUGAUGAUGAUGAUGAUGAUGAUGAUGAUGAUGAUGAUGAUGAUGAUGAUGAUGAUGAUGAUGAUGAUGAUGAUGAUGAUGAUGAUGAUGAUGAUGAUGAUGAUGAUGAUGAUGAUGAUGAUGAUGAUGAUGAUGAUGAUGAUGAUGAUGAUGAUGAUGAUGAUGAUGAUGAUGAUGAUGAUGAUGAUGAUGAUGAUGAUGAUGAUGAUGAUGAUGAUGAUGAUGAUGAUGAUGAUGAUGAUGAUGAUGAUGAUGAUGAUGAUGAUGAUGAUGAUGAUGAUGAUGAUGAUGAUGAUGAUGAUGAUGAUGAUGAUGAUGAUGAUGAUGAUGAUGAUGAUGAUGAUGAUGAUGAUGAUGAUGAUGAUGAUGAUGAUGAUGAUGAUGAUGAUGAUGAUGAUGAUGAUGAUGAUGAUGAUGAUGAUGAUGAUGAUGAUGAUGAUGAUGAUGAUGAUGAUGAUGAUGAUGAUGAUGAUGAUGAUGAUGAUGAUGAUGAUGAUGAUGAUGAUGAUGAUGAUGAUGAUGAUGAUGAUGAUGAUGAUGAUGAUGAUGAUGAUGAUGAUGAUGAUGAUGAUGAUGAUGAUGAUGAUGAUGCUGAUGAUGAUGAUGAUGAUGAUGAUGAUGAUGAUGAUGAUGAUGAUGAUGAUGAUGAUGAUGAUGAUGAUGAUGAUGAUGAUGAUGAUGAUGAUGAUGAUGAUGAUGAUGAUGAUGAUGAUGAUGAUGAUGAUGAUGAUGAUGAUGAUGAUGAUGAUGAUGAUGUUGAUGAUCAGCCAAUCAGAAGCGUUUGA